AUGAUCCAAGCACGAUCCGUUCGUCGUCCCUACAGCAAUCAUACAUUAAUUAAUAAUUGGCUAGAAGAACGAGCUGAUGUAAAAAACGAACGAAUACAAAAACCUCUUCCUUCUCAGAAUGAUCAUCAUUUUGGUACAACAUAUGAAUGUGCUUAUGGUACUAUUCGAGGGGAUCCACCACGACCUGAAGUGCGUAACCUUGAACUUCCUCGUGCUUAUGCAUUCCCGGGUCAUCAACCGGAAUUCGAUUUUCCUCAAAUGAAAACAUCAGUUAAUACUUAUUUAACUGAAUAUCGUUCUGGCUAUUGCCGCAAUUGUCAGCGUGCAUUGGCACCUGAUGAUCCAGCAUGGCCAACAACAACAAAAGUUUGUUUACAUUGUAAAGAUCGUACAUAUACAGUUGAUCCAAAACCUGAACCAUAUACACUCACUGUCGACUAUCGUCAAGAUCCAGCAGUUAAAAAUCGUUGUAUCGCUUGUAUGGAAAUAAAUCCCGGAGCUAAAUAG